AUGGGCUCCGAUCCAGGCCCAAGGGGAGGUAGCGAGAUCGAUCUUAGCCUGGCGCCAAGCGGCCUGCCCAAGCCAAAGGAGGUCAAGGUGCAAGCCAUUCCGGCGGAGAUGGGAAACCCGGAGCAUUGGCGGAAGCGUCUUUUGCAGUUCAGCACCCCGCUCAUGCUGCUCCUUGGGGUGCGUAGCAUUGCCACCAUCGGUCGUCGCAUCUUGCGUGACAUCCUCCUUUUGUCAUCGGAGCACUUCCUGAAUCUGUCGAGCGUGGAGAAGAACCGGCCAGCGCUGCAGCGUCGCACAAACUGGCUAUGGCUGAUCGUUUCCGCUAUUGAUCUUUUUUUGAACACGAUACGAUUGAUGGAUCGGGGCUGGUACAAGUAUGCGACCGCGCGACACAGCACGUUGUACCACUGUCAAUGCAAAGAUGACGUGAAGACGGACCUCACGCGGCGCUACCGGCACCUUAUUGCCCGGCGCAACGCGGACCUCUACUUUCCUGCCGUCGACUUUGACUUUGGCGCCCCGCUCUGCUCCUCCCCGGAGUACUUUGAGGCGGCGGCCCCGGAGCACAUUGCCCCUGCCUGUAGGGCGUGUGGCUGCUUGUUUGUGGAGGGCCCCUCGGGCGCCGCCGACGAAAUGGCGCCGCAGGCAGCAAAGGAAGGGCAGGCGUCGUUGAAUGCGUUGAGUGCCACGAAGGAAGCAACAGCCGGUCACCAACAGAGCGGGUCUGUGCGACGGCCUCCCCAGCCCUCUUCCUGUGCGCCGACCCUCGGCGAAAGAGCCGAGGUUGUCAUUCUGAAGUUGCCGUGGCUGGUGCGGAAGCUGAUGACGCACGUGCUGCUGCUGCAGACGCACCCAAAUUGGACCGCCACCAUCCUACUGCAGCUGCGAUACCUGACGGAGGUCUACCUCGCCUGCAUGUACUGCUUCGGCGGGUACGAAACGGGCAAGAGCGAUGCCGCACUGGAGGAGAUGCUGCACCUCCCUGGCGCCAUUGCCGGGUUGCUGGGGGCCGUCAUCGGCCUCCAUCGGGUGAUGGAAAGUGCUCCGAAGUAG